GGAGCUGCAGGUGCCAGGAGGCGGCGGCUAGAGCUGCUGCUGCUGCGGCGCUGCUCUCGGGCGGACCUUUCCCUUCCUCGGGAUCGGCGAAGAAGGAGCCCCAGCUUCCAGUCCGAGCGACCCUCGGGCGGCAUGAACCGGGUCCAGCGGGGAGGAGGCGGAGGAAGCCGCGGCCUCGGCCCCAUGGAAGUCAAGAGCAAGUUCGGUGCAGAAUAUAGACGAUUUUCUUUGGAAAGGUCCAAACCUGGCAAAUUUGACGAAUUCUAUGGAUUACUGCAACAUGUUCACAAAAUACCUAAUGUGGACGUCUUAGUUGGAUAUAUAGACAUUCAUGGGGAUCUCUUGCCGAUCAACAAUGAUGACAAUUAUCACAAAGCAGUGUCUACAGCAAAUCCUUUGCUUAGGAUCUUUAUUCAGAGAAAAGAGGAUGCAGACUACAGUGCCUUUGGGACAGAUACCAUGACAAGGAAGAAAAACGUCUUAACAAACGUGUUGCGUCCAGACAACCAUAGGAAAAAGCCGCACAUUGUGAUUAGCAUGCCACAAGACUUCAGACCAGUGUCUUCUAUUAUAGAUGUAGACAUACUCCCAGAAACCCAUCGCAGGGUGCGGCUAUACAAAUAUGGAACUGACAAGCCACUUGGAUUUUAUAUACGGGAUGGCUCUAGUGUCAGAGUAACAUCCCAUGGGCUAGAGAAAGUUCCAGGGAUUUUCAUAUCCAGGCUUGUUCCUGGAGGCCUGGCUCAGAGCACUGGUUUAUUGGCUGUCAACGAUGAAGUUCUGGAAGUGAAUGGUAUAGAAGUUUCAGGAAAAAGCCUUGAUCAGGUGACAGACAUGAUGAUUGCCAACAGCCGUAACUUGAUAAUUACUGUGCGACCAGCAAACCAGAGGAACAAUGUUGUUAGGAACAGCCGGACUUCUGGUAGCUCAGGACAGUCCACAGAUACCAGCCUUCCUAGUUACACUCCACAUACGGUGCAGACAUAUCAACCUGAAGAAGAGGAAGACAGUGAUGAAGAUGAUAUCAUUAUUGAAGACAACGGCGAGCCCCAACAAAUUCCAAAAGCUGCUCCUUCCAAUGAAAGCUUGGAAUCGCUAACACAAACUGAAACCCUUCAUGAAUCCAUACAAAAUGGCUUCAUUUCUUCCAGGGAAGCAAACUUGUAUUGUUCAACAAGCAGCAUUAACAUGGAGUUUCAAAACCAGGACUCAGAACAGAAGACCUUAGAAGAAGAUGGGACAAUCAUAACAUUGUGAAACUGCGUCGGUUUGUUGAGUUUCUGAAAUCAAGAGGCCAUAACUUCUUUUUAACUUGGCUGUAUUGAAAACAGUAUAGAUCUCAGAUUACUGUAUUCCAGUAGGUUUUUUAGAUCUCCAGAAUGAAGUUUUGAGUCACAUCUUUUGUUCCUUUUUGGUACAUAACUAAAUGAAUAAUACUGGAACAUGGAGUGGCUCUUAUUUCAUUGUCAGACAGGACAGCAUUGCGGUAACUUAAAAUUGUGCAGAUGCAUUUUUCCAGAGAUGUUUUUGAGAUGAACUGUACAUUGAUAGGUAAUGUCGCUUUUCAUGUUUUAUCGUCUUGGGAUUCGGCUGCAUGUGUUAUCAAUCAUGGAAUUGUAAAUUUGUCUUCAUGUGAGCAUACAGUAUUUCAGCACAAAAACAUUAAUGAAACAUAACUACAGCUAUUUUAUGCUAAUUAAAAUAUUUUUAAAUAAUUAAAAAUUGAUCCAUUUCCUUUUCUUAUAAAAUUUAAUUAAAUUUAUAAAAUUAGAAGGCGACUCUUGGACUUAAUGAUACACUGGAUAAUUCAGAAGAAUACCUGUGUUUUCGCUUUUUAAAAAAAUAACACUUUGCUGUAUUGUGAUUUACUACUGAUAAAAUCUCCACUGUAAAUUGUUUGAUCUACAAUGUGUGACUAUAUGUGUGUGUGCCCUUUAGUGAUAGGAAAUAGCAUCUUGAAUGUGUUGUCAUAGACUUUCGUGGCCAGAAUCACUGGGUUUCUGUGAGUUUUCCGGGCUGUUAUGGCAAUGUUUCUGAAGUAUUCGCUCCUGCCAUAGCAGAGCACUUGAUGAACCAACCUGGACACACCAUAUUAUUUGAGAACACAGAAAUGCUGGACCACUCUAACAACCAGCAUGUCAGGCUACACAGAGAAGCCAUUGAAAUCCACAAGCAGGUGGACAGUUUCAACAGAAAGGAAGAAACCAUGAAAUUGACCAAAAUCUGGCUACCAAUAUUAAAAAAACUCUAAAAUCAGGACAAUAAAUAAAGAGCAACACUCAAAAUACAAGGGAAUUCCAGACAGGAAACAAUCAGGACCAGCUAACACCUCCCAACAAAGGAUUCCCCCAGGCAGGAAACAGCAAGGCUAUUCAGUGCUAAUCAAGGUGGCCAAUUGCAACAUUCACACAUGCCCCAAACAGGCAAGAGUUCUUCUUCCCACCCUGGUCAUUCCACAGAUAUAUAAACCUCACUUGCCUAGUUUCCAAUACACCUCACAAUCUCUGAGGAUGCCUGCCAUAGAUGUGACCCAAAAGUCAAGAGAGAAUGCUUCUGCCACAUGGCCAUACAGCCUGGAAAACUCACCGUAAUGCAAUAUCUUGAAUGUUAUGCUGCAAUCCAGAAGAAUUGACAUCUGUAGAAUUUUUCAUUGUACUUCAGUGGGAAAAUUGCAGGGAUGGGAUCAGCACGUUGACAUUGAGACCUGCAAAAAUACAGGCAGGACCUAGUACAGAUCUUUGUUAUUCUUCUCUCCAUGUUUUUGUUGUUGUUGCUGCUUGAUGUAGCCACACAUUUAAUUUCCCACAAAGUCCCAUUCCAAUGCUUUGGGGUAAAUUGGAAGUGUGGUUCAUUUCAGCUUCCCAGAACUGCUGCUAUCACAGCCAAGACCACAAGGGCCCAUUCACAGAAGAUAUUUUUACCUUGAGCUCACUCUAUAGUGCUGGUUCCAUUGUACCCAUCAUGUGAGAGUCUACAAAUGUUAUUUAUUUUGUACUUCAACUGUACCCUUGGUUUACAGUGUCUAUUGUUGUUUAUGUCUGAAAUGGAAUUAUUUUCAAAGUGUAACAUUUGUAAACCUAAGGGCUACUUCAAAUGUUGGAUUUGGCUAUCAGGUAUCUUAUAAUUGGAAUUUGUAAUGAGGUAAAGAUGUAGUGGAAGAGUUCCAUCAAGACGUCAGGGUGUAUUCUCACAAAUCUGUGAGUUUUAUUAGGUUUGUUGAGUUGAUUUCCCUGUGACAGAAAGGUUAUAUAUAUAAAGCUUUCAGCUAAGGAUAUCUUUUAAUUUAUCUUUUGUGUAUAUGUUUAUACCAUUUUUUUCACGCAAUUAUGACUAAAGUGGAGUUCACUUGAUUGUCACACAAAUGGAGAUGACUGGUUGCACACCUUUUCAUCAUAGGAGUGUAUAUCUGGUACUACUAUGGAUCUAAAAUGUGUUGUACUUUAGAUAAGUUGUAAAAUGGAUUUUAUCAAACACAGAAGCAUGGGUACCAAAAUGUUAUUGAAAGGGUUGGAUGUUAAUUUAUUGUGGAGAUAUCUAGGUUUAGUAUGCUGCUUCAUUCAUUCACUUUGAUUUUUGGUACGUACUACAAUCAUAUGCAUGUUUUUGUAUAUAUUUCACUGCAGUUACCAACUUAAGGAAUUAUUUUAUUGUACUAUGCUUACAUUUUAUUCCAUAAGAUAAUAGUUUCAACCAGGGAGCUUGCAUAAGGAAAUGGAGUGUGUCCUUAUCCUAUAUAUUAGGCAUGGGGAAAUUUCAGCCCUCCAGGUGUUUUGGACUUCAACUCCCACAAUUCCUAACAGCCUCAGGCAUUUUCCUUUUCAUUCUCAGCCGCUUAAGCAUUUUAAUGUUUAUUUUUGCAUUUUACUGAUCUUAACAAGAGGUUUUUUAUGAUGUUUGUGUUAGUUGUUAUUACUUUCUGUUAUUGUCUUUCCACUUUUUGUAUUUUGUGUGUUUGCACCUUUGAGUGCUUUGUGAGCCUCCCCAAGUAUCUGGGAGAUGGUGGUGGGAGUAUAAAUAAAGUUUUUAAAAAUUAUUAUUAUUAUUAUUAUUUUAACUCUCUUCUUAUAGGCUCUGCUGACAGAUCACUGUAGACUAAUUCUGUAGCAGCAGUAUCCAAUCUUUGGUCCUCCAGGUGUUUUGGACUUCAACUCCUAGAAUUCCUGACCAUUGGACAAGCUAGCCAGGACUUCUGGGAGAUGGAGUCUCAAAUGUUGUAGGGCCAAAGGUUAGGCAUCACAGCUCUAUAGCAUUCUUCGUGCUGGUAGACAUAGAAGUCUUUUGAGUGCCUGAAGUUUGAUAAUUCACAUCUAGGCCUCUUGAUUGGCUUAAGUGGCUGAGGAGGAAAAGGAAGAGGCCUGUUAGAAAUUGUGGGAGUUGAAGUCCAAAAUACCAGGAGGGCUGAAAUUUGUGCAUGCUUACUAUACAUGCACACUUGUAGACAAUAAACUAAAGUUGUAUUGUUGAAGGCUUUCAUGGCCGGAAUCACUGGGUUGUUGUAGGUUUUUCGGGCUGUAUAGCCAUAUUCCGGAAGCAUUCUCUCCUGAUGUUUCGCCCCCAUCUCAGGCAUCCUCAGAGGUUGCGAGGACUUCGUAAUCUCUGAGGAUGCCUGCUACAGAUGCAGGUGAAACGUCAGGAAAUAAUGCUUCUGAAACAUGGCCGUACAGCCUGAAAAACCUACAACAACCCUAACUAAACUUGGUUUGAAACUAAUAAGAUUUAAAUUUUGGAAUUUGAAAAAAAUCAGUCAACAUUAGAGAUGGAGGGAAAUAAGCAAAAGGCUUCAUGUCUUUUGCUCUUGGAAUGACAGACUGCACUGCCUAUAAUUGCAGAAUAAUGCAGUUGCCGUGAUGACAGACUAUAACCUUGCUAUCACUACUGCGUUUUUACUGAGUCUUGUUCAAUCAGAUUGCUGAAACAUAAUAUUAAACAAUUAAUUUUAUAUAUAAAACAGUACUGGACUUCAGUGUAAUCAGACUGAUGUAAACUUUCAUAUACUACCUCUUAAACUUCAACCAUUAGCAUCUUAUGGGGUGGGGGGUGUUGUAUGCUGAAGGAAUACAUGAAGGCUUAAUGUGUAUACAUUUUUAAAACUGUAAAACCCAGAAUCUAAGUAAGGAAACUUAGGUUUUAUUGUGAGUUUUAAUAUUCUGUUGUAUGUUCUUCUUGUAUGUGUAAUAUACACAUUCCCAAUUUUUGAUUGAAGCAUAUAUUAUUAUGUGUGAACAAAUAAUGUGGGCUUCUUCAUCACAGAAUGAAAGUUCUCUUUACAACAAUGAGACGAUUGUAAACACCUCUAAAGCAAUUUGAGGAUGGACAAGCCUUUAAGUGCACCUUAUCUGAAAGAGCAAAAUAUGGCUACAACGGUACACUUUUUUGGAAUUAUUGUAUAAUUCCAGAUGAAGUCGAGCUGAACUGUGAAAUCAUUGUUCUUCCACCCUGACUUAGGAAGUUAUUGUCAUGUACUUUUGUGACUUUUCUAACUGAAAUCUUUAUGCAACAUGAUUUUUACAUGAACAUGUAUAAUAUGUCAAAAUGUCAGUAUUUUUCUUACCACUUCAAUGUGUGAUGUACAUCAAUACCACUAAAUGAACUUUGAUUUUACAAAAA